CUUCCGCUAUGCUGCAGGUGGGUCGCUCAGGGCUUGACGCGCCUUUAGUCCGUGCAGCCUUGCGUUUGGGGUGAAGCCGCAUAAAAGCGUUUCCAUAAUGCGGGCGUGAGGUGCUCCUUGGAGUAAACGGAGGGGAUCCGGGAGGAGGACCGCGGAGUGUUAACCGGGGAGGGGGGGAAGCCUGCGUGACAGGCGGCGACCAGAAUAAUUAAAAAAAAAAUGUCGAACCGUAAGCACCGGGACAACCAAGAGAUCUGCGCCCGCAAGGUCCGGGAGCUGGCCCAGUCUGGAGUAAACAAACACUGCUUCGAGUGCAACCAGCCCGGGGUGACUUACACCGACAUCACCGUGGGCAGCUUCGUCUGCACGUCGUGCUCCGGAAUGCUGAGAGGCCUCAACCCUCCCCACAGAGUCAAGUCCAUCUCCAUGACAACUUUCUCCCAACAGGAAGUAGAAUUCCUCCAAAACCAUGGCAAUGAGGUGGGCAGAAGGACGUGGCUGUGCGUGUUUGACCCAAAGAAUGACGGCUGCUCCGACAUGAAGGACUCACAGAAGUUCAAAGAGUUCCUUCAAGAUAAAUAUGAGAAGAAAAAAUGGCAUUUUUCCAAAAGUAAGAACCGGAGAGAUAUGGAGGGUCCUUGGAGUCCAGGGGUUCAGGCUAUGCCCCCUUCUCAUGGUCCCUUAGCGAGCCAGGGUCUAUCCCAUAACAUGCCUCCAAAUGCCAGAGCCACGAGACCACUGUCUCAGUCCCAGCUGCCGUCUUGGGAUCGAGCCCCCGCCAUCUCUCCCGCCGACAUGCGGACAGACGCGUUCACGGCUCGGCCGUCGCGCUCCCAAAGCUUUAGAGACCCCCCUCUGAAAGAUCCCACCCUGUGUGGGAUAGAAAGACAGCGACCAGGCUCUUUGUCGUCAACACUGGGAGGUCAGAACCACGGUCCCUCAUUCCCCGCCCUUCCACGGCCUUCAGCCAGUAGCUCGUUCAAAAACCACUUCACUUUAGGUCGGACAGUGUCGGCCUCGGGGGCUACGGGCCCCUUCAGGGCCUUCCCCAAGUCUCUGAGCGUGGACUUUGGAGGUCUGAACCAUCCCCAACCACAGCCUCUGCCUCAGUCUCUGUCCCAGCCGCAGCAGCAGCCUCAGCAACAGCAGCCUGUUGGCAUAGGUCAGACGACACCGCCGGUCAGCAGCGGCAGUGCCCAGGAUAGGUACGCUGCCGUGUCACAGCUGGACAGCGUCUUCUCUGAAACAACAUCGGUCACAGCUCCACCUGGCGGCCCACCGCAGUACAGCGCCAUCUUCGGCAGCAGGCUCUCAUCCAGCUCAACUCCUGCCAGCUCCCCUGGUGUCGAUACCGUCUCCAGCUCCCAAAGUUUUGCAAAUUUCCCCAACCCAUUCAGCUCCAGCUCCAGCUCCAGCUCCGCUUCCCAGCAGCCCGUCGCCCUCUCCCCCAGUAACCCCUUCAGUAACGCCUCAGGAGGUGACUCCAGUGCGUUUGUCACCUCGCCCACCUCCGUUUUUCCUCCGUCCGGUGCUUUCCCAGCGGCUGCUACCCAGAAUGCAUUUCCUCAUGAGUCAGCCACCAAUCAGGAAGCAAAUGGUUUUGCCUCCUUCCCCACGUCUGACUUUCAGUCCAAAGUCCCUCGGCCCAUGUCGGUGAACCCUUUCACGGGGAAUGUUUACCCCAGUCGGGGGACGUCAAAAAAUCCUUUCAUCUGACCCCCCGUUUCCCCACCCCUUCCCUCUCUCUCUGGGAACUGAAGGAGGAGCUGCUGCCAUUUCAAUGCCUCUGGAGUAUUUUCACCCCCCACCCACCCCCCUCAGGGGAGGGUCGCGCAUCCACGCCGCCCUCCCUCCCCUAUCUGUCUUUGUUUACGUGUUUGUGGAGAGGAAAAACAGAAAAACAAACAAAAAUGCGCGAAUGCAGUUCACAAAAUCCCUGUCUGUAUGUGCAAGAGUGUCGGCCUGCUGUGUUUGUGCCACGUGACGUACGUCAAAAGGUGUUUGUGUGCCAGUAGACGCCACCUCAGGGCUCUGUGGGAGUCACGACGCCUCUACGACUUUUCUUUUUUGCUGAGAUGCACUCACCUAUAUUACACACA